UGUACUGGAAGAGGUGUGUGUGUAUGUGUGUGAGCACUCAGUGGAUAUGUUUUUCUGAGAUUCUUUAAGGUGCUGUAUUCUGUUUUUCUGUAAUACCAUGAGUGGGACAUUUGAGAAGAAGAUGGCUGUAUUGACUGAUUUGUCCACAUCUUUGAGUUGUCAUCCACUAUCCAAAGACUCCCCCACUUUGCCGGAAUCAACAGCAACAGACAUGGGCUAUUAUAGUGAACCGAUAGCUAGUUCCCAACAUGACUUUUUCCAAAUGGCAGCAUAUUCACAGUCGCUUAAUCCAUAUGGUUACCACCAUCACCCCCAGUUUAACUUGAGUGGACUUGUAGGGGCUGAAGGCUUUUCACCAAAGGAUGAAUAUCAGUAUGGAGGUGUCUACAGAUCAUAUGGACAUUACAGAGAAGCUCCAGUUCAGGAGACAGUUUCAGUGAAGGAAGAGCCAGAAACAGAGAUUAGAAUGGUCAACGGGAAACCAAAAAAGAUCAGAAAACCACGAACCAUCUACUCCAGUUAUCAACUGGCUGCUCUGCAGAGGCGAUUCCAGAAGGCCCAAUACUUAGCAUUGCCUGAGAGAGCGGAGCUGGCAGCACAGCUGGGAUUAACACAAACACAGGUAAAGAUCUGGUUUCAAAACCGGAGAUCAAAGUUCAAGAAGCUUUACAAGAAUGGAGAGGGGCCGAAUAUGGAACACAGUCCGAAUAAUAGUGACUCUAUGGCUUGCAAUUCACCGUCAUCUCCACCAAUUUGGGAAAACGAUCGAAGUAGGACCCCUCAGCAGCCAAGUCUUCCUCAUUGCGCCUCUCCCAACUAUCUGGAGAACUAUAAUCCAUGGUUUAGCCAGCAGAAUCAGGUUGGACCUCAUGUACAGUCUUCAGAAGCUGUGCACCAACCCCCACCCAAUACAGUAUAUUAAGUGAUAAUGACACUGGAGGUCAUCAAGCAGACGUGGCCUAAAUGUGUACAGUAUUGGGUGCCCUACCAAACCUAUGAUGAAGGGUUUGUUGCAGUAGUUUUUGAGUUAUGGAGCCAUGACAUUUAUGCUGGACAACACAUUCAGCACAAGAUUAUCUCAUGUAAUCUGAUAUACUUUUGGAAGGACUGAAAAAGUGGCUUUUUACCUUAAAAUAUCAAUUCUGAACAACAAAAUAUCAUAAGCUCAAGAUUGUGGAUGGCAAUAACAAUUUAGCAUUGUUACACCUUCUACGGGACUUAAAGUUCUUAAAGUUGCCAGUAUCUGCCUUAAAAUAUAAUCUCAUUGGUUUUAUAAAUAAUGUAAAAAUGGGGUGGGUUUAAUAUAUUAGAACUGUAGCCAGAUAAUUAGGUAAUCUCAGCAGACCCAAUCUGUUGAAUUUUGAAAGAAUCAUGAUUCAAGAGAACACCAAAAACAAUCUGAAUAUUCAGCGACACACCAAAUACCUUAGCUUCUUGUCUUUAAUUGGACAACUGCUCCAAGUAGACGUUGAAGAGCAAACCUAAAUAAUAAAGGUGUCAUAUGCUACAAUAUCAAAAUCUGAAGAAUGUUGGAAGCUUUAUCCAGAACUCUCAUAUUUCCCACUCCUGGCAACUGAGAGAAUGUAAAGUUUGCGCACUAAGCAUUUCUUAGUUUAAAUUCAAUAUCAAGAAAUGUGAAAUAGGGAAUUUAUUUAAGACUUUUGAGUGUCAUCCCAAAUGGGAAGGGAAGAGUAUCUGAGAUUAAAUCUUUGAAUUAGUACUGUGGUGCAUUGUGUAGCAAUGUUUUGCAGACCUGUUUGUUAAUGAAAAGGUUAAAGGUUACAGAAUAACUCCCUGGUAAUUUAAAAUGAUCUUUUUUAUUUAAAUAAACAAAGUUAGAUCUUUGUUGUAUCAUCAAAAAUGUUUGGUGUCAUAGUAAUAUUUAAAAAAAAGAAAAAUGUGGGAGUUCUAACUUAUUUUUGUAAUAUAUUUGACUUAUGUUUUGAAGUAUGAUGUAUGGAAACCAUGUUUGGAUUGGGGGGAGGGGGUCAAAGAAUGUCAUGGUAUGAUUAAAAAUAAAAUCUACAUUUUGUCAUUAA